GUGAGAUUCCAUAAAUUUACCAUUUUCCAUCGCUCCAAUCACAAAAUGAAACAAUUCCACUUUGGAUUCAUUAUCUGCUGACUCAUAUUCUCUCUCUCUCUCUCUCUAAACUUUCCUCUGCUUCAGUUUGCCGACAAGAACUGUCAGGUUUGCUGACUCUGGUUCUAUUUUUUCCAAUUUGGGAUUGAGUCACUUGACAAGUAUGUAUAGUGGUGGUUACACUGCUCUAGUUACAAACUUAUCCCCAAGAGCAACAGAGGAUGAUGUGAGAAAUUUUUUUACAUACUGUGGUUUAAUUGAGCAUAUUGAAAUAUUAAGAUCUGGUGAAAAUGCGUCUACUGCAUAUGUGACUUAUCGGGAUGCUUAUGCCCUGGAAACUGCAUUAUUGCUAAAUGGAUCCAUGAUCUUGGACCAAUGUAUAUUCAUUUCACGCUAUGAAGCUUAUGUAAAUGACUAUGAUAAUUGGAGUAGUCAUGCAUCAAAGCCUGAAUACAGUAUUACAACCUCACAGGAUGUUCACAUGGAUAAGUUUGUUGGUUCCCCUGGAGAAGCACUAACUAUGGCUCAGGUGGUUGUCAAAACAAUGGUGGCUAAGGGAUAUGUGUUGGGCAAAGAUGCAUUUGUCAUGGCAAAAGCUUUUGAUGAAUCUCAUAGUGUAUCAUCUACAGCAGCAUCCAAGGUUGCUGAACUCAGCAAUAAAAUUGGGUUGACUGAUACCAUUAAUUCAGGCAUUGAAACUUUUAAGUCUGUGGAUGAGAAGUAUCAUGUCACAGACUUCACUAAAUCAGCUGCAACAGUGACAGGGACAACAGCUAUAGUUGUGGCAUCAGUUACCGGAAAAGCCGCCGUGGCAGCUGGAACUGCUAUAGCCAACAGUAGCUACUUUGCCAAAGGUGCUCUUUGGGUUUCAGAUAUGCUGACACGUGCAGCGAAAACGGCUGCUGAUUUGGGCCAGAAUGAAAAGAAAUGAAACUCCAAAAAUGAAUUACUGUAUAAUAUGUUAAGUUGUUGAACACAAACAAAUAGCAGCAUUUGUUUGUUGCUAUUGUAUUAUAAGACGUGAACUUGCUUUACAUAUGUGGCUACUCAUUUGGUGCAAAUGUUCAUAUCAGUAAUUUUUGAGAAUCCAUGGUAAGCAGCCACUUAUUUGUGUGUACCCUUUUAGAGAAUAUAGCAUAUGGUAAAAUGUAAGUACCAAGUUUCUUCUUGUCCACUUUCA